AUGGAUAAUUUAAUUAUGGCACAUUCUUCAAUGAGAGUUAACGUUAUUUUUAUACCUAAAAUUAUUGGUGAAAUUAAUUUAAAUGUUAAUUUACAAUUUAAUAAUGAAAUUUUAUCAAAUUUAAUUAUUAAAUCAAUUGUUUUUUCAACUGAAUUUGAAAAUAAUCAAUUAAUUGGUUUAAAUACAAUUAGAAAUAUUUUAAUUUUAGAUGAAUUUGGUAAACAAACAAUUUCAAAAUUAGAUUUUGGUGAAUUUUUUAAAGGUCAAACUUCUUUUAAAUUAAUUACUUUAAGAAAUCAAAGUAGUACUGAUACUUUUGAUGUUUUUUUUGGAUUGACUAGUAAUUCUAAUAAUUCUAAUAAUAAUAAUAGUAAUAAUAAUAAUAGUAGUAAUAGUAGUAAUAACAAUAACAAUUGGUAG